UGCUGGGUGAACACUCUGCUUUUCUGCCUCUCCUCUUUCCCCCUCUCUUCUCCCUCUUUACCCCAUCAUCUCCUGUCCAAAGCAUCGACCUGUCGGGAUUGAUCCGGAUCGUGGACGCUGGGACACCAGCUUAUCCGCCUCGCUCUCAUCGUCUCCUUCGCUGGUGCGACGCUGAGGCUACCUGACCGGUUCUUCUCUGGUGGCACCGUAAGUCGUCCUUCGCCUCCUUGGUUCGCAGGCCUUGCGCGAAACACUCCCAGACCUUCGCCAUGGAAAAGGCCUGCACAAACCUCACCGAAGUCGUCCGUUCCGUGCGGCUGUUCAAGAUCGAUGGGUUUAGCAUGACCAUGGGCAUAGGCAGGGACUACAGCUUCAAUUGCAGAUGGAGUUUCGACGGGUAUGAUUGGGAAGUCCGUAUUUAUCCACGGACCAAUGAGGAUUUCAAUCUCUCCUGGGUGUCACUACGUCUUAUCUUUCUAAGUGAAGCCCGCACGUGUGCUGUGAGGACGACUCUACGCUGUUGCUUGGUAGAUCCGACAGGAAGGCUUAAGCCGUCUGAAGAAGAUUGCAGGUCAAUAAUAUUCAGGAAACCCCAAGAUAGCUCAUCUCAAGUGCCCCUCAUAACAAGAUGUGAACACCUCGAAUUAUCGGGUUAUGUCAAGGAUGACUCUUUUACUGUGCAAUGCACCCUUGAGGUUUUCAAGGAACUACCAGAUGUAGCAACGGUCUCCCUGAAAGAAGUGCAUCUCCCACCCUCUAACUUGCACCUGCAAUUUGCUCAGCUCCUUCAGAGCGAGACUGGAGCGGACGUCACAUUUCUCGUGUCUGGUGAGUCUUUUGCUGCGCACAAGCUCAUCCUCGCCGCAAGGUCCCCUGUUUGUAUGGCCGAGUUCUUUGGAGACAUGAAGGAGAAGUGCUCUCAGACUGUGGAGAUCAAGGACAUGGACGCUACCGUAUUCAAGGCCCUUCUUCAGCUCAUCUACACCGACACCGUGCCAGAAUUCGGACAACAGGUAGAGGCAGAUGUGGAGGCCAUCUAUACCGACACCAUGCCAGAAUUCGGACAGCAGGAGGCGGCGGUGACGGUGAUGGCUCAGCAUCUCCUUGCUGCCGCUGACAGGUAUGGACUGGACAGGCUGAAGCUCAUUUGCGCAGGCGAGCUCGCUGGUGGCAUCAACGUCAACACAGCAGCGACAACUUUGGCUUUAGCCGACCUGCACAACUGCCCGUAGCUCAAGGCGAGGUGUGUUGAGUUCAUCAUCAAAACUUCUGCCACUCUUGAUGCUGUGUUGGCGACAGAGGGGUAUAAGCACCUGGAGGCAAGCUGCCCUUUGGUGGUGAUUGACCUUUUCAAGGCUGCGCGUGGGAGAAAAAAUUGAAGCGUAUCUUGCUUGCGCUUUCCGGGCAUGUUUGUCUAGUAUACUACUAUAUUUUGCUGCCAACUAUUUCAACUUCACUUCGAUGUAAUUUUGUGCUAAAUGGUCUACUGUGAGUUUGUGCUCCUCGAUGGCAAGCAUUGACAAGGUGAUAGGCCCUGUUUGUUUGUGCUUAUGAUUUUGCUUUUGCAUUUUUUUUUCACUUUGGCAAAAAGGCCACAAAAGCUCCUAAAUAGGGGCUUUUUGCUUCGGCUUUUGACUUA